AUGUCAAUUCGUACGGUGCUGAUUGCACUGAAGUCUUUGAUGUUUGAAUGCAGUACAGAUUGCGCUCUUGUGCCCUCUAUCGCCAAGCAAUAUCGAGAAAAUCGAGAAGAGUUUGACAAGAUGGCUCGCAUUUGGACGCAACGUUAUGCUACCUGA